UAGAUAAUCCACAGCAGGUUACAGGUGUCAAAACACGCAUGACGCACUGUGUUAUUGUUGCCGACCGGCGUAUUCUCGGUGUUCUAUGAGUACCUAAACCGUAUUAGUAUCUGAUUAGAAAAAAAGUGUGGUAGACGGACAUUUGAGUAUUUCAUCGUUAGUGUACCGGCAUUGUUACUGUGUAAAAAGUUUUCUCAUAUUUUUUUUUUUUUGAAUUUUGAACGAUACACGAUUAUAUUCUGCAGUGAUCAUGCUUAAGAGAUUGAUCAACAUAAAACUGUUUAAAAAACAAUGUAUGCUAAGUAGUACAAUAUCAGCUAACAUAGAAGAGCCUGUUUAUCGGGGAAUCAAUAAAGUUAAUUAUACAUCAAAUUUAGAUAUAAAUGAACCGCCUUUAAAUAGCUCAGUGCCUAUUUUUAAAAUAUUGAAUGAUACUGGAGACAUAUCUAACAAUUGUAAAUCUAUAAUUAUACCAGAAAAUGAUGAGUUGAUAAAAAUGUAUAAAUCUAUGGUUUUGCUAUCUAUAAUGGAUAAAAUAUUGUAUGAAUCUCAAAGGCAAGGCAGAAUAUCAUUUUAUAUGACAAAUGAAGGUGAAGAAGCAGUACAAAUUGGUAGUGCAGCAGGAUUACAUUCUAAUGAUCUUGUGUAUGGGCAAUAUAGAGAAGCUGGAGUUUUAUUAUACAGAGGAUUUUCUCCUGAACAAUGUAUGAAUCAAUGUUUUGGUAAUAUAGAUGAUUUUAGUAAAGGAAAACAAAUGCCAAUACAUUAUGGAUCUACAAAUCUUAGUUUUGUAACUCUUUCGUCUCCACUUGCUACUCAGUUACCUCAAGCUGUCGGAUCAGCAUAUUCGUUCAAAAGGUCAAAAACAAAUCGUUGUACUAUUGCUUAUUUUGGUGAGGGAGCUUCAAGCGAAGGAGAUGCACAUGGUGCAUUUAAUUUUGCGUCUACCCUGGACUGUCCAAUAAUAUUUUUUUGUCGUAAUAAUGGAUAUGCUAUAUCAACACCAGCAAAUGAACAGUAUAGAGGAGAUGGUAUUGUAAGUUAUGGACCUGGUUAUGGAAUUGCUACUAUUCGUGUCGAUGGCAAUGAUAUUCUUGCAGUGUAUAAUGCAGUUUUAAAAGCUCGAGAAUAUGUUAUGACUAACUCAAGACCUAUUUUAUUAGAAGCUAUGACUUAUAGGCGAGGACAUCACAGUACUUCUGAUGAUAGUACUGCAUACAGAUCUAAAGACGAGAUUAAACAAUGGGCAAAUAAAAAUCCAAUUAUAAGAUUCAAGCAAUUACUUGAGAAAAAUAAUCUUUGGAAUGAUCAAAAUGAUGUUGAGUAUGAAAAAGAAACUAAAAAACAAUUAAUGCAGUCAUUUGCAGUUGCAUCAAAAAAAAAUAAACCGAAUUGGAGAGAAAUGUUUAAUGAUGUUUAUCACGAAAUUCCAAAUAAUCUGUUAGAACAAAUGAACUCACUAGAAGAUCAUUUAUCAAAAUAUUCUGAUCAUUAUCCUAAAGAAUGAAAGCUUAAAAAUAUUGUUAAUUGUUACAAAUUUGCAGUAUAAUAUAAAUGUAUGUAAAUGAUUGUUAAAGAUUUGAUGGAAACCUGAUGUAAGAAAAUAAUACAUCUUAUUUAUUUUUAUGUUUUAUUA